UUCUACAAAUUCAAAACGGUAUGUAAUUUUUGACCCUGUUUUUAGCUACCUUUAUAGCCGUUUCAUUAAAUUAGAAGCAACUUUCUGGUAAAUUUUCUGUUGCAGAAGUACGUGAAGCUUAGAAAUGGAUGGGGAAAACGUUUUUGGUCAACUAAGACGGAUCGCAAGAAACGUUCAAAAUGAGAGCGCUCUCGCUGAGGAGCGGAUGAAAAGGCCAGUUGCUCUUCGUUCAAGCGGGGACUCCGCCCGCCCAGUUCUGCGACGAAUGCAAGCAGAUGCCCAUAACGUGAAGCGUGAAGCUGGAAACAUACAAUCCCAUCUGCCUCCAUCAUCAGAGUUCAACAAACUUCUUGAUUCUUGCAGUCAGCUGUGUGAUGCCUACAGGUCAAAGGUCAAUCUCCUUGAAGGGUAUCUUCAGCAGUAUGGCUACCAGCCACAGCCAAGUAAAGUUAAAGGGCUUCCUGUUCUUCGUUCCAUUGAGAAAGAAGCAGUUGGGACUGGAUCACAACAUCCAGAGGGAGACCUUUCUGCUACCUCUGCAAAUGAUGCUGAGGAAAUGAAAGAAAAUGUACCAACGACUCCAUCCAACAAGCCUAACCUGGGAUCUUCCUGGAAAGGGGGAACACCUCGACUGGAAGAUUUUGGAUUGAGCAGAGGCUUCCUGGAUCAGGUGUCAAGGAGCAAGCACCAGGACAACAAAGAUCCUCAAGAAGCUGCAGAGAAGCUUCCUCAAACUAAACCUGUUGACAAACUCAAACAUGCUACACCAGCUAAGAACCCACACUUAGCUUUGCCAGAGGUUGGAGGCACUCCGAAACUGGAAGACUUUGGUCUGAGCUCCAACUUUCUUGAAAAUAUCUCCAAGAAGAAUCUUCAUAAUCAGCAAAGGCAUGCUGCAAUGCAAGGAGGCACCCAGCUUAGUUCCACUUACAACAGCAAACAAAUGGAAAGAGCCCGGUCACCUGUCGGUGCCCCAACCCAGGCCAAUGCAUGCCCGUUCACUCCUAUCGGGGUGACAACCACACCCUCAGCCAGAGUCACCGUGACCCCUGGGAUCUUUGGGGGAAAUGAGUUCCCAGAGGAGACUCCCACCAAGUUUAUAGACAUGGCUUGUGAUCUUCCUCGUGGUCAUGCUGGACAUACCAAUGACUCCAGUGGAUACCAGGGAGCCAAGAAGUCUCUCCAAUACAAAUCAUCAAACAAGAAUGGUUCUGCAUCUGUACUGGAUGCCAUUCCAAGCAAUCUAACAGAGAAUGAUGACCAGUUUGGGACCCCUCAACCUCCGGAGCUUACAGCUAGAUGGGAUUUCACCUCUAUCCAAGCACCAAUCCCAAGCCAGCCAGAGUUCACCAUGGCUUCAGACAAGCUACCAAACAAACCUGAUAUGUUUGCUAAUCUGGGCCAUCAAACCGAUACACCUCCCACCCCAGAAAUGACUGCCAAGUGGAAUAUUAGAACCAGCUCCAAAGCCUUUGGUGACCUUGCACCCUCUGAACCCUCUUUCAUCAUGGAGGAACCUGUCCGCCUGACCUCAAACGAACCCAAACAGACACCAGAGGAACCCCAGCGUCUCUACAUCGAGAAACCACAGCCUUCCCUGGAUGAUAUGCCGGAAACACCUCCUGGAUUUUCUGGAAAGCUUGGCGACUCCAAGUCGUUUGAUCUAUCAAGGUUCAUGGCUGAUGAGAUGCCAAAGACACCUGAGCUUACCAUGUCUUACACCAGAUAUGUUGAUCCACGGAUGCAACCUGCUAAUGUGUCAAAGUCAGUUGUAGACACCAUCCCUGAGAGACCUUCAGGUCACAACCAUGCAGUGAAAGUGGAAGAACCUAUGCAAAGCCAAUAUCCUGAACCUGAGGACAUAGCCUUUGUUGCCAUGGUAAUGAAUGAUGAGUUCUCCAAGCAGUCAUCUCACAUGAAGAGAAUCCUUCCUCUAACCCUAGUCAAUGAGACCAUCGACUGCAUCAAUACCAUCCUCAACAUCAAACACAAACGUGGUGAUGGUGUUUACUUGACCGAUGAGGAUGUCCAGAUGCUGAGCCUGGGGUCAAAGUCUAAGGCCAUGCUUCUUUUCCUCAUCACCAUCAAGAGACUUAUGAGUGAGAAGCAGCCAGGCACAUCAGAAGUAUUAUAUUAUCCAAUCUUCUAAAGCAAAGCUAAGGUCAUGCUUAUCUUCCUUAUCAGUAUAAAGAGACUUCUGAGUGAGCCUGGCACAUCAGGCCCUCUCUUACAAAAAGUUACGAUUGAUCCAAUCAAUCACAAAUAUGGAUGGCCAGCAAUGUCAACAUCUAACAUGCAAAUUUGUUCAAAAUAUUUCCUAGAUACGAUGUAUAUUAAUGCAUUCAUCGAUCUCUUAA